AUGGUAAACCUAGAGGGCUCAUCUGUUAAUCCAAGGAAAUCUUCUUUUCUACCGCUGUUCCCAUUGGAGCUAUGGGAUAUCAUCAUCGGAUACUUGCGCAAUAGAGAAUCCCCUCAGUCUCUGAGCAGACUGGCUCAAACGUGUCCUGCGCUUCAUGCAAGGAUUGAGCCCCUUCUAUACGAGUCUGCCGUUCAACUUAACAAUUCGGAAAGUGGUGCCCGUCUUGCACGCACAAUCCAGUCUCGCCCGGAGUUGGCACCACUCAUUCGCGAAAUUCAACACAAGGCAGACACUGGUUUUGAAGCUCCUUCAAAUCGCCAUUUCUUGUUCUACCAAAUGGCUGUUACCUUGCCAAAAUUAGAGAAGUUGUUCUUAAAAAGAAACCUUCCACCUCUCGAUACUUCUCGGUGGGCCAGUGAAGCGGAGCGUGCCGCUGCAUAUACGGACUGGAUCACAAAGAAAGAACCAAAAGACCUGAAAGAGUUGCGAGAAUUCAGAUUGGGAUCUUCGAGUGAAUCUUCUUUCAGUCCCCCAAAUAACGAGAAGCUCACCUUCCCAGGGGGACUUGGCAGGAUUAAAAGCUUGUUUUGGUGCUCUUUAUUCCAAAAUCCAAUAGGUUUACCUGCCCUACGCGUCUGUCACAUUGGAUGCGAUGAGGAUCUAAGUGAUCCAAAUAGAAGAACUCGUCAACCGAAUUUCGACGAAACAAUCUUUCAACAUCCAGGUUUACGGAAACUUUGCAUCACCGGUUCUAUCUUCCAUACAAGCUCUCCACACCCUGCCGACAUACCGUCCAGGAAAACAGCACUAGAAGAUUUAACACUACUGAACUGUGAUAUAGAAAUGAUGUCGCUUCCCUGGUUGCUGGAGUUUCCAAAAGCCUUAAAAAGGUUCACAUUCAGGGGUCCUCUACCAGAACCGCUUCCAGAAGACCUGGCAUGGCAACAAAUUGAAAGUCCCGUCGAGGCAGUUGAGAAACACAAUGCUUCGCUGGAGUUUAUGGACUACGAUGUUUAUUGGGGGCAUGAGGACGAGAUAGAUCUUAAUAUUUUCGAAAAUCUCAAACAUCUGACCAUAACCCUCAGCACACUGGUGGGAAGGGAAUGCCACGAGUUGGAUGUCGAAGUUCCCUCUUUGCCUGAAAGUCUCGAAACUUUGACACUACGCUACGAUGAAUCAAAGGCCUGGGUUCUUUCCGCGUUUCUAGAAUUGGUCAAAAGCUCAAAGCUUCCUAAUUUACGUCGCUUCUCUUGCGAGGUACCCGAAACCAUCGAAAGCAUGCCUUCGAUCAACCAACACAAAAAAAAUCCUCCAUGUUUGGAGAUAUGCCAGGAAGGCAAUACUUGGCAAGAAGAGUUCAAAGGAGUUAACGUGGAGCUGUCUAUGGUUCCGGUUCCAUAUCCGCUCACAGUGCCAAAAUACGAACUUUGCACUUGCGAAUGUCUGGAGUUCUACCACCGCAUGCCUUUCCAUCCACACGAUGAUGAGCUUGCACUGCCUUGGGAAGACGAUGAGUUCAAUGAUGAUCCAUGGGGUGACACUGACAUGGAUGAGGCCUUUGAGGAGGUCAUGUCGGACUAUGAUGGAGGAGAUGCAUCCGACAUCUCAGAUUGA